AUGUCAGCGCCAAGUUUCACCAACCUCAUCCGCUUCUUGGACGAGAACUCAGUUGAAUGGUACGGGCAGGUGGCCUCGGAGUCUUUGGACAACAUUGAAGGCUCGGUAGUGAAGGUUUUGGGCCAUGAUAUUGAGAAUGUUCGAGACACCGGCAUGACAGCAGUCGUCAAGAAGUUACUGGCACCCCUGCCGCACGUACCUCAUUUUACUUGCAUCGGGCUGAACUAUGCUGCACAUGUCAAGGAGGCCAAUAUGGAAUUGCCUACAAAUCCGGUGAUAUUCAUGAAGCCUGCAGACGCUCUCGCCGGUCCGUAUGAUACUAUCUCGGUACCCAAGGAGGCGCACUUGCUGGACUACGAGGGUGAGCUAUGCAUCAUCAUUGGGAAGGAUGGAAAGGAUAUCCAACCGCAAUAUGCCCUGGACCACAUCCUUGGUUAUACGGUUGGCAACGAUCUAUCGUCUCGUCACUGGCAACGGCCGCCCCGAGCAGGUGGUCAGUUCUGCUAUGCUAAGUCUUUCGACGGCUUCGCCCCGAUUGGGCCGACGAUUCUAUCCCCCCACGUCGCGACAGCGGAGUCUCUGCAUCUGACCACUAAGGUCAACGGCGAGGUCCGGCAGCAGUCCCCGAUUUCUGACAUGAUCUUCAACGUCCGAGACAUCGUCUCUCACUGUUCUCGGGGGACUACGUUGCGCAAGGGAACGGUCAUCAUGACAGGCACGCCGAGUGGCAUCGCAGCCAAGAUGCCUGGUUCCCCUUGGCUUCAAAAUGGGGAUGUUGUCGAGGUUACUAUCUCACACAUUGGUACCCUGAGGAAUAAGUUAGUUUUAGAGGACGCUUAG